GUAAUGAGCAACGCCAAUAUCCGGAUGUGACUUCGACCACCCGCCGUCAGAUUUAACAAAAACAACUCAAAACAUUCGUAAAUAAGCACCGCGUGGCUUUAAAACGAAAAAAAUAUAAUAUAUAAUAGGAGACGUUUCGGGUAAUGAACUUUCUUCAGCGCCAUUACAUUUAACCAUUGGAUUAACUGACUCGUGCCGGUGACGUCGCAUCCGCUGCUGCCGCUACCGCCGUUUGGCUGUUGUCGCGAGUAGGCGAUGUCUACGAACCAGGACGCCGAGGCGCGCGGCUUGCGGUCCGGAGGCCCCGUCUUCUCGGACCUUGACGCCGGAGACCCCGACCAGGAAACCACUGAGAUGGAGUCGCUGUGCAUGCGGUGCUACGAGAACGGAGUGACGCGGCUGCUCUUCACGCGCAUCCCGUUCUUCAGGGAGGUGGUGCUCAGCUCGUUCUCGUGCGAGCACUGCGGAUUCGCCAACAGCGAGGUCCUGUCGGCCGGGCGCGUGCAGGAGAAGGGAGUGCGCUACGAGCUCAGCGUGCGGAGCCCCAAGGACCUGGACCGCGAAGUGGUGAAGGCCGGCAGUGCAACCACGCUCAUCCCCGAGCUCGACUUUGAGAUCCCAGCCUUCACACAGAAAGGAGCUCUCUCCACCAUCGAGGGCCUCAUAGAUCGCGCUGUCGCCGGCUUGGAGCAGGACCAACCUGAACGCAUGACGCAAGACCCGCAAGCGGCGGAGAAAAUCGACGCGUUCGUCGCCAAGCUGAAGGAGCUCAAGGAGCUGCGGUCGCCGUUCACGCUGGUAAUCGAUGACCCUUCGGGGAACAGCUUUGUGGAGAACCCGAGUGCGCCGCAGCGUGACGAGGGCCUGCACACCUCGCACUACGAGCGUAGCCGCGCGCAGGACGUCGCGCUCGGCUUGAAGGCAGACGAUGAUGAAGGUGACGAAGACGUGACUACCGCACAGGAGGUGAUAACCAAGCCUGAAGUGGACAGAGGGGGUGACGAAGACCUCAGAAACGAGGUCCUCAAGUUUUCCACAAACUGCCCCGAGUGCAACGCGCCGGCAUCGACCAACAUGAAGCUCAUCCAAAUCCCUCACUUCAAGGAAGUCAUCAUUAUGGCCACCAACUGCGAUGUGUGCGGACACCGGACUAACGAGGUAAAGUCAGGAGGAGCCAUCGAGCCACUGGGGACGAGAAUCACGCUCAGGGUCACCGACCCCUCGGACAUGACACGCGACCUACUCAAGUCCGAAACCUGCGCGGUUCGAAUCCCGGAGCUGGAGUUUGAGCUGGGCAUGGGAGCUCUGGGCGGCAAGUUCACCACCCUCGAGGGGCUGCUCGCCGACAUCAGGGACCUGAUCGUUGCCAAGAACCCGUUCUUAUCUGGCGACAGCUCCACUCCGCACAGGAAUAAGAAGAUACAGGAGUUUGGACGGAAGUUGGAGGAGAUCCAGGCAGGGAAGAUGGUGGUGCACGUGGUUCUCGAUGACUCCGCUGGGAACAGCUACCUCCAGAACAUCUACGCGCCAGAGCCGGACCCGGAGAUGACCGUGGAACGAUAUGAGCGGAGCUACGACCAAAACGACGACCUGGGGAUCAACGACAUGCGCGUUGAGAACUACGGUGAGGAGGAGGGCGGUGACGGUGGCACAGAGGGGAGCGGCGGCGGCGACACGGAGAGGAGCGGCGCCGGCACGGCCAACGGUGCCGAGCGGAGCGACUCGGAGAGCAAGGCUGUGCCCGGAGACCCCGCACGCGCCAUUCUGUCUUAACACGCGUCCAGUGCUCUCCUGUUGUUGCCUUCACAAUUACACCUUUACCGCUAUAAGCACAUCCUUGGCAACGUGGCGCCAUCACGACGCAGGUGGUUUUUCGCUGGCCAUAUCCUGUGCCAAGCCAGAACCAACCCGUGAUAUGCUGGCCGAGCAAAACUUGUCAAUCUGGCUCGGGUCCCGGGCAGGCCUAAUAAUGCAUCCAUUGCGUGUGGCGUCAGUAUACAACUCAAAUACAGCGUCGCCGUGUCAUCCGCGUGAGUCUCGACUCGUUCAUUGUGUGUGGUGUUUGCAACACGGGUUGGCUUCCGCAGUGGAAUAACAAACUGAUGUGAUGUAAAUAGUAAUUUAAGUAACGCAAAAUCGUGCUGAAAGCGCUGUGGUCAUUUAAGUUUGUUUUUAGGUCACACUCGUAAGCGGUCGAAUGGUCAAUAUUUGGUCUUGAGUUUGUGCUGUAGAGCGUUCCACACGACAGGGCUCGCGUCACUACAAGAUGAACCACCACGAGCAGCAGAUCUCGCUCGUUGCCGUUUGCGGGAGUUUGCGGGAGUUGCGACAUGGCACCGACAAACCGAGGGCAUGCCUGGGGCGCCUCCGGGCUGGCUCGGCUCGCCAUGGCCCAGGUGCGACUCUGUUGUGCAGUGGAAAACGGAGACCCGUGCAUGGGGUGGCAGCUGCACGGCAACCUCGUGAGCUAUCGGCUGGAGCUGAAUCUUGAGAACCGCGUGAUGGAAUUUUAUCAGUUCCGUGAUAUCUGUGCAAGGAUGGAGAAGACUGGGUGUUGGGGAGUUUAUUGGGAAAUUCAACUGCACUCUGACAUAGGGGAAUCUCUCAACAAUUUUUAUGUUGCGAGAUUACUUCAGCACCACUGGUGUGUUUGGGAGUAGUCAUAAAUUGCGACGUUUGUUACGUAACACUUAUUAAUUGGCUGUGUCUGGGUGCAGGAGGCUUUACAAACAUGCAUUUCAUUUACUCAAACCUAACCCAAAAUAAACCAAUUAUGAAUGAUUAUUGGUUGUCAAAGCCUACCUAUAAAAUAGGGAGAGGAUUAGCGUCUAUCUCGCGCUGGCCUGGCCUCAUUGUCAGCGUUAUAUAAAGACAUUUGCGAGAGGAUUAUUUUGAUGGACAGGUUUAUGGCUCCGAAAGUGGCCGCUGGUGGAACAGUUGAGAGGGGAGGGGGGAGUGAUUUAUUGAGUAUCUGGAUAGAUGAGUGUUUGCGUGAGUGGGUGAUGGGUGGAUAUGAGCAAGUUGAGUGUAAGCAAUUGGUUCACAUCUCGAAUGUAACUGUUUAAAACUCGCCAAAACUUUCCUGUACAUGCACAUCAAUAUGGAUAUCGUACUUUAGGAAAUGCGCUCAUGAUUCCAGUAGUUCAACUAUUUAUUAGUUUAAAUCACCAUGCAAGAACAAUACAAACUACGCUCUGACAUAUAUA